AUGCAGGCCCCGAGACUCAACAAGUCCUGCGACCAGUGCCGGACCCGGAAGGUCCGCUGUAUAGGUAUGGAUGCUUCUACUGUAUAUUCAUGCGCUGUAUUCAUACGUGCUGUCCCGCUAACUACGCAGUCCCGUCCACCGCUGCCCCUGCGUGCACCCACUGCAUAUAAUCUGAAACGAAGACUUCGUGUGAAGGCCCCAACGCCAAAAGAGGGAUCCGGCGAAGAGUUCAAGCCGUCAGAUCUAUUCAUUGAUCGGUUGAUUCGAAAUCCGUCGGAGAGUGCAGUUCUAUAUGACGAGUUUUCUAUUCUCAAAGUCCACGAUGAUCGAGUGCCCAGUUCAGGCCUUGCCUUUUUCUCUGAAAAGCGGGUUGACUCGUUGGUGAAGCGGCUCGGCCACACCCAGGUCAGGGAACUGGUCCAGCAGAUUGACAAAACAAUACGAACACGCUUACUCGCAAGACCGGGCAAGGAGAUAUCGUUGUACAGUCUGGCCAGCAUUCAGACAGAAUUACUAAUUUAUCCAGACGCUGCGUCCCAUAUACAACGCUACUUUGAGGUCCUGCACCCGAUAUACCCGUUUCUCGAUCGGCAGUCAUUUCAAGCGAAAGCGUCAAGUCCGAACCUGCUUCAGGUGCUAGAGGAGGACUAUUCAUUCUGUGCGCUGUAUCAUGCAGUGUUGGCACUCGGCUGUCAAUACAACGGAUACAGCUCGUUUAUCCCCGAGGACAGCCAUGCAUGGAAGCUCUUUCAAACUGCUCUUACUCGUCUAGACCGGAUUCUCAUGACAGCAGAAUCACUACCAAAUCUUCAGGCAUUAACGGCAAUGACCAUCUUUGCAACAAAUACUUUUAGUCUCCAAUUAGAUCAGACUCUACUAGGCGAGGCUGGUCGAAUGGUACUCGCACUUCGUUACCAUAAAUCGAUUGUUGCCGAGGAUGUUACAUUGUGUCACCGAGCGUUCUGGGUGAUAUACCACCUGGAGAAGCGGUACACCUUCCAAGCGAGGAGCAGCUCAAUGAUUGCGGACCACGACAUCGGUUGUCCGAUCCCGGAUACCCCAGACGCAGUUGUUGCAGACUAUAACUGGCUGGUCUCGUCUGUUCGCUUUGGCCGGAUAUUGUCCGUCGCGUACGCUUCGCUGUUUUCUAUAUCUGCAUCGAAUCAGCCAGACGACACAACCAUGGCUGCCAUUGACCAUGUCCAUACACUUCUCGAGGAAUGGCGGCUGUCUAUCCCGGCAGAUUUCCGACCAAAAGAACCUGUCCAACGGCGUCGCCUAAUGGACGGUGCAUCCAAGGAGAUCGCCCUGCGAACACACUACUACUAUUACCAUGUAAUAAUCGCACUAGAACGGCUCACGCUCCAUGUCAGCAGAGACAUCGCAAGAAGCGAGAAUGCCAUGCGGACGCUUCUCAAUACCGCGCGGGAAAUUAUUAACUUAACGCGCUAUAUCGACGUCGAGCCAUUAAGACGUCCGUCGCUAACCAGCCUACGUAGUAUCCUUGCCAUCAUACCCCUUUCCGCGCUGUUUAUCUUAUUUGAUUUUGUCGUCCAUCAUCCGAACGACCCGGAUAUUCGCGCACAUCUGACACUCCUAGACAUCAUCACCGGCCACUUCAGUCAGCUGGACUACGCGUCAAACGGGGCCCUGCAGUCCUCGUAUCUCUCCGGAUUCUCGCAUAUGGCCAGACAAUACGUGGAAAGCGUUGGCUUAUCGAAACGGCCUGUCGCGGCAGCAGCUGAAUCUACAGCGCAGACACCGGGUGAUAAUCUCGUCUCCUCGGUAUAUGCCCCGUCGCAUAAUGACCCUGGGGUAUCUUCGAGCGACGUCACACUCAUGCAGGGGGUUGAAGAAGAUGAAUAUGGGGGCCUCGGCUUGGACAGUCUCUACUUCCUCACCCCGGAUAGCGACUGGAUGGCUGGGAUGUCUUCCCUGGACGAAUUCGAUCCGAGGGAGCAUUACGGGUCUAUUUUCUUAUAA